AUGACGUCCAACAGCACCCCGUCCCUGCUCGUCCCAGACGAUGUGUGGGCUGACUAUCACAACAGCUCAUACGAACGUGGCUUUGUUCAUAGUGCUGGCUUCGGGAUCUUCAUCUGUUUGUGGAACUUUCUUGUAAACUCUGUUAUCAUUUUCCUGCUCCUUUGUCGACGUCAGACCCACAACCAGUACAUCUAUACCCAGGUGGUUAACUUGGCGGUGUCCGACCUCGCCUACAGCAUGCUAGUUGAUACAGUGACAAUUUAUUAUGAACUCGAACCGUGGAGACUUGGUCAACACGUGUGUAAAGCGUGGAUGAUCCUGGAUGCUAUUUUACCCUUUGUGUCCCUGAUAAUCAUCAUAGCACUAAACGUGGACAGGCUAAUAUUUGCUCUAUUACCCAAAGUGUACUACACGCUUUUCAGUAAAUGGUCCCUGCGCUGUCUGGUCAUCUUGAUGCCGUGGGUAGUAAGCAGCAUCAUCUUGUCUCCCUUGUGGUUGCUGUCGUCUGUUCAAGAGCCUCAUCCUGAGUUUUGUAUCUAUGGUAUAACAGGGGAGGCUUUUUUGGCGUCUUCGUUGAUAUCUCUGUACAUACCAGCAAUCACCAUCAUGGUGUUGACAGUCCUCGUCUUGGUGACAGUCAUUGGAGGGCUACCAGACGAACUCGGAGAAAUAACUAGCAUAACAUUUAUCGGACAACGAUUGGACAUGAGGAUCAUCAAACGAGUUCAUAGAUCCGUUGUGACGUCAUUGUGUCUGAUCAACUUCUGCACCUUGGCAAUGCAGCUCCCGUAUGGCGCUAUAUCGAUGUUACAGCCUAACUGCGUGGACACGACUUGUGAAUCAACGGUCAAGAUGAUGCAGGCGCUGAGUUGGCUCCGAUCAGCAUGCCCGGGCAUCCGACCCCUCUUCUGGCUGCUUAUUCCUGAGGUCCGACAGUGCAGCUGCAACUGCAGUGAUGAUGACCAGGACGUGGUGACCGAGCAGACAGACCAUAUAGAAAUGGCGUCGGCCAAUACUGGUCAAGAACAGCUCCUCAACAGUUCCCUCUGCAGGAAUGAGAACGGCGCCCUUGAAAAGGGAUGACUAGGAUUUGUUGAGAUAAGGCUUCAAGAUGCGACGCUGUGAAUCAUAGCCAGGGCUGUGCUCUGUACCUGAAGUCCCGGUUAGUCACAGAACCAGAGAUCUACAUCAACAUCAGAUGCUGUCCUGUGAUGCGCAUGGGAUCCCGGUAGCCGUGCAGCAUGUUUCCCCUUGUUUGACGGAACCACGUGUUUAGUCGGCGACAACGGGAUACGGCGCAGCAGAAAGUCCGUCUGAAUCCCAUCUUCAUGGCGAACUCCUGUUUGAGAAGUGACCCUGACACCGCCAGUGUAUCACACAUGCAGGAAAGUACUGAAUAUUGAAUGUGGGGGUUUACCUGAGUCAGACGUCAAGGCUGUACAUAAAACAAGCAAAAACAGUGUUUUUUCAUCCUGUCUAUCAAGAGAUGGAUGAGUGAGUUUUGUUUAUACCCCGCUGAGGACAGCAUCACGAAUGUGUCGGAUGAAACAUUCCACUGUGAUGCUGCUCGUAGUUCAAGAGCGAGGGUAUGGUGUAUUUGAAAGUUACGGACCCCCGCCAGCUUUAGUCGGAUCCUGGUACGCUCGAGGGAGAACAGUCCAUAGAUCCUCAUGAAGCCACUCAGAGAUCGCGGCAUCGUCGUUUUGUUUUUCCUUACAUACUCGCCAGUGUUCGGUACUCGAUGUGCUGUGGCAGAUAGAGAAUCUCAUCCCGCUGUCGUUUCAUAUCAAAUGUCAACACGAGUCAAUUAAAAGUUUAUAACUGCGA